AUGGGUUGGCCAGUGUGCAAUUCAACAACUGAAACCCUAAACAUCGAGGAGGUCGAUCUUUGGGAUGGCGGCAUCACCUUCCACCUCCUGGCGCUCCUGGUGGGCGGCGCUUGCGCAAUCAUCGCAUGCGGCGUAUCAUUCUGGCUGAUCGUCCAGCACGCAACGCAUUACAGUAAACCGAUCGAACAACGACAUAUCAUUCGCAUUCUGUUCAUGGUACCCGUCUAUUCCCUCGUCGCCUGGCUCAGUAUUUUCUUCUACCACGAUUCCGUCUACUUCGAGGUCCUCGGUGACUGUUACGAAGCCUUCUGUAUCUCCGCCUUCUUCUCCCUCAUGUGUCACUAUAUCGCUCCGGAUUUGCAUAGUCAGAAGGAUUAUUUCCGCGGGAUCCAGCCGAAACAGUGGCUUUGGCCGCUGAACUGGAUGCAGAAAUGUUGCGGUGGUGAGCGCAUUUGGCGCACCCCGCGCAGCGGCUUGACCUGGUUCAAUAUUGUUUGGGUCGGAGUCUUCCAAUACUGUGUUAUGCGCGUUCUCAUGACCAUCGUUGCCGUCGUCACUCAGGCAUUUGGCCUAUACUGCGAGGAGUCCCUUAGUCCCGCAUUCUCGCAUAUCUGGACUGUCGUUAUUGAAUCGGUAUCCGUCACUAUCGCCAUGUACUGCUUAAUUCAGUUCUAUCAUCAGACCAGUCAAGAUAUCAAGCAGCACCAGCCAUUUUUGAAGAUCCUGUCUAUCAAGCUUGUCAUUUUCCUUUCUUUCUGGCAAUCGACCUUGAUCAACCUUCUGGUCUCCGAAGGUGCCAUCCAAGCGACAGACAAAAUCGCACUCAAUGAUCUCAAGACCGGUCUUCCAGAGCUGAUGAUCAAUGUUGAAAUGGCGAUCUUUGGUAUCUUGCAUCUGUGGGCCUUUGCAUGGAGACCCUACAGACUCAACGGCCAGUCAUCUGCAGUGACCGAUUUCUACGGAAAUGGCAAGAUAUCCUACGAGGGCGGACGCUAUGGAGCGAAGGCCCUGAUCGACGCCAUGAACCCACUCGAUCUCUUCAAAGCCAUCGGCCGAAGUGCUCGCUGGCUAUUCGUGGGUCGUAAGCAGCGUAUGCUGGACCCCAGCUACCGGCCUCAAGAUGACACAACUGGUCUCCAGCCUCCCCAAGAAGGCAGCGAGCUCACCCAACACGGCACCGCCUAUGUUGGCGCGGGGACCGCCGUACCCGGAGGCCGGGCGGGCCGCUAUACCCCGGACGAAGAGGGCGCAGUGCUUCUCGCCCACCCACAGCCAAACCCCGAGAUUGCACUCAUUGGCACCUCUCCGUAUGCGUCCGACUUUGAUGACAACGUACACGACUCCCAAACCCGUUUCUAUGGCCAAAGCUCCUCCUACGAUGAUUCCCCGCUUCGCAGCCAUGACAACUUGCACUCCGAGCCUCUGGUCCACCCUUACCCUUCAGACGGCCCUCUGCGAGAACAAGUGCCCAUGCCCAUGCCGGAUCCCUACAGACCUCCGCCCCCGUACCCAGACAGCCAUCACCCCUGA